AGUAGCACAUCAGAUGGUCCCAACAUUAUACAAAGUUCAAUUUAAAGUACUAAAAUUACCAAAACUAAAACGGAAAUAAAUAUAAAUUAAACAAAAACUAAAUUAAUUUUUUUUUUUUUUUUUUUUUAAUUAUAAUUCAAAAUACUACUAAAUAGGCCUACUAUAAAAGUAGCCUAUCUAAAUACUAAAAUCGCACUGCAUAGGAUAUGGGUCAAAUGCUUGUUAUUUUAACUUAAUCUUAACUUUCCUAAUAUGUGUUUCAGCGUAGAGAUGACUUUAAAAAAGUUUUAUUUCACAGAUAAUUGAGAACUAGAAGGAUGUCUGACGCGUGAGUAUCUCCAUCUUCAUCAGUAAUAACCAGCUAUUUAUGAAUUCUGAUAUCUGUCAUAUAUGUGAUAUGUCUCUAUCAACAUUCUCUUCCAUAUGCUCCAACCGAAGCCCCCAACCAAAGCCAAAACCCAAGAUCACUUCAGCUCGUCGGCUGGGCUUGAAGGUGAGCGCCACCUGCUGAACACAGUUUGCUGGGUACUUUUCUCCGCUCAAGUAGAGAUUCUGCAUUGAUAACAAAAGUAAUAACUUUUUGCUUUGAUAUGACAACAAUGGUCCUGUCAUCCUGAAGAUAAGGCUGCUGAAUACAGCACUGGAAAUGCUGAUAGUAGAGAAGCAGGAUAAAGAGAAGGAGAGGGAGCAAGUGCUCAGUGAGAGAGUUCCUCCGCUCAAUUUUUCCGGCCUGUCAGUGCAGGAAUUACAGCAACUUUGCAAGGAUUUGCAUCACAAGAUUGACGUGAUUGAUGAGGAACGCUAUGACGUUGGCAUUAAGGUGGCCAAAAAUGACAAAGAGAUACAGGAAAUGAAUCAGAAGAUCUAUGAGAUGAAGAGCAAGCUAAAGAGGCCUAACCUGAAGAGAGUCAAACUGUCAGCUGAACAAAUGCUAAGUGUCCUUCUAGGCUCCAAACACUCACAGUCCAUUGACUUCAAAGCUAACCUGAAGACAGUGAAGAAAGAAGAGGAGAAGAGAGAGGAGGUGACUGACUGGCGUAAAAACGUAGAGGCAAUGUCUGGAAUGGAGGGCAGGAAGAAGCUGUUUGAUGCUGGACAGUAAAAGAUGGCAGCAGUACCAAACCAAAGAUGAUGUCAAAGAUAUAAUCUCUGUUUUCACUUCAGAAAUUACAUUUUCAAAAUGUAAAAUGAGCUUUAACUAACAGUGUUUCACUGUAAUGUGUUUUCUUAACAUUAACUAACAGUUGUUAAUUUUAGUUAAUAAAAAUAAAACUAUUCUUUGUUAGUUCAUGUCAGUUCUAUUAUCCAUGAAUUAAUAUUAACAGACACUUUUGAUUGAUUUUACUUUUGAGUAUAGAAGUUUUGAUUUUAAAACUAUAUUAAUAAGUGUUAAAAUAAAAAUGAACUAAGAUUAAUAAAUGCUUUAUUUUUCUUUUUAGAUUGUGUUAACUAAUGCCGUAAUCUAAUGUUAACAAAUGAAACUUUAUUGUAAAGUCUUACCAAGUACAUACAUUAUGUUGACAUAUUGAGUGCUGGAAAUAGAAUCUGAUGUAGCUCUAAAUCAAAAUGAAAUGUUUUAAU